AGUGAUCCAGCGUUACUAAAUGGUUAUACGUCAAACGCAACGGAUCAAUAAUAAAUGAGUUAUAUUUUGCACGAGGGAAGUUAUGAAGAACAUUAUCUUAAUGAAGUCCAGUUUAUUGCUAAUAGUAAUUUUAGUGAUACAUUCGAAAUGUCAACAAGACUUGUCCGGUAGCAUAGCUUCAAUUCCACGUUACCAUGACACACCAUGCAAUGACACAAAUGACAUUGUCUCAUAUUUUGCCCCUGGAUUGAGUGAUGGGUACACUAUUCAAAUUAAUAGAAGAUUAACUAAAGGUACUCAAAUAAGAUUGAAAUUCGACAUGGAAGCCAUGAUAACAGAGAAUAAGGAAAUUUCUAGGCUCGUUACGCUUGGAAACAACGUUUUCAAAUUAGUAUUACUGAAUGAUACUACUAUAUUGAAUUUCGAAGUUAGAGGACAAUAUUCAUUGUUGCCACCUUACCUGGUGAGCAUCAAGAUCAAGGGUGAGGAAAACUGCAAUGAACCAGACUUCGGCUAUUUCCAAAGGUAUCCAGUUGGCGUUGAACCUAGGCCAGAUGUACCAAAUCUUCAAUGUGGGAGGCGUCAAGGACCUAAUCAACUAAUCACUAAUGGACUCCUCACAAAACCUGGUGAUUGGCCGUGGCACGUUGCAAUAUUCAGGAUGGAAAGAGCAACGUUGAAGUACAUAUGUGGAGGAACACUGAUUUCCAAUAUUUAUGUCUUAACUGCUGCUCAUUGUGUGACGAUUAAUAACGCAGCUGUCCUGCCAGAAUCGCUUGGUAUUAAUUUAGGAAAACACAAUUUAAUUGGAGGAAAUGCCAAUUCUCAAGAAAGAGGGGUAUACGAAGUAAUAGUCCAUGAAGAGUUCGUACCCAGAAUACUUGAUAAUGAUAUCGCAUUAUUGAAAAUGAGUUCAGCGGUUGAAUUUAAUUCAAACAUACAACCUGCGUGUAUAUGGUUCGAUAGAUUGAAAGAAAAACUACCGACCUAUGAAGUUCUCGGUACAGUUACAGGCUGGGGUUUUGACCAGACGGAAUCACUUUCAACCGUACUUCGUGAAGCGACAAUGCCAAUGAUAGGAGAUUUGGAAUGUAUAAGAACUAAGCCGUUAUUCUAUUCCACAAUUCUAAAUGGGAAGAAGUUCUGUGCUGGUCAUCGUAAUGGAACAUCAGCCUGUAAUGGUGAUAGCGGCGGAGGAUUUGUCGUCUACGUGCCAUACGAGGAUAGCAAUUUUAUUAAAGGGCAUCUCAAAGGUGCCUGGUAUGUGAGGGGCAUCGUGUCCCUCAGUGUUGCCAAGCUUGAUACCGCGCUUUGUGAUCCGAAUGAAUACGUCGUCUUCACAGACGUUGGUCAAUACACAGACUGGAUAAACGAUCAUAUGGAUUAAAUUAAAUUGAAAUUAAAUAAACAAUUCAAAACCCCCAUACAAUAAUCCAGUAAUUAAUAAGAUGGGAAUUAUUUUUAUAUUCAAUUAAGCAUAGCAGUUUUGUAUAUUUUUUUAAUUUAUCGUGUUUGAUUUGGAUUUAAAAAAAACUUAUUGAAUUUUUAUUGCACGGAUUUUAUAAGGCGUAUAAUACGUUUUUAAGUUUUAAAUUAUGUAUCUGUUGUUCCGUUAAGGAAAACAUAACAUAGUUUUCAAGUAUUCGGUUAGAACGAUUACAUGUUAAUUGCUAUGAAUCGUGAAUAUACUAAUACUAAAAGACCAAAUUUAAAACGAGAAAAAAACAUUUGUCCAUAAAAAUAAAGCUAGUAAUAAAAUAAUUGAAAUCUUAUAAAAAUAAACAAAAAUGCAAUGAAGUA